AUGGGCAAGGCAGGCCGCGCAGUAUGCAUCUUCACGCCGAUGGCGCUGACUAUUGCUUCCUUUGUCUGUGUUCUCCUCAUCAACCUCGGCGGCAUCAGCAAAUCAUCAAAUACCCUUAACGAUCUCCACUUCUUCACCGCCGACUUCACAAACUUCACAACCGACAGCAGUACCUUGGGAACGGUCAUCAACCUGGCCAAGGAGGAGGGCUUCAUUUCGAACAAAUACGAAAUCUUCCUCUGGAACUACUGUGACACUGGUAAUGGCACUAGCAGUCAGGACAUCACUUACUGUUCGCCUCGUCACACUGGCUUCUGGUUCAACCCUUACCAGGUCUGGAGUUUGGAGAAGGCUCUCAAUGCUACUGACACCCGCAAAUCCAUCGACCUGUACAAGAAGCUGAGCAAGUGGAUGUUUGCCGCCUACUUUGCAGGUCUCUGGGCCUUGGUGCUCACCAUCGUGUUCGGUAUAUUCGCCGUGUGCUCGCGCUUCGGCAGUUUCCUGACUUGGAUCUGUGCUAUCAUCUCUACUAUUCUCAUCUUCGGAGGUUCGAUCACCGCUACAGUCAUGUUCAGCAUUCUUGUCUCUACCCUGCACGAAAAACUCAAGGAUUACAAUGUCAAGGUUAGCCUGUCGACUCAUCUGCUGGCGGUAACAUGGCUCGCCACCGCCUUCAUCCUCCUCGCCACCCUCUUCUGGCUCUUCAGCUGUUGCUGCUGCUCUGGCAAGUCCAACCCCCACCACCGCAGCAACAAG